AUGCCCCGCCCCCUGGAGCGCUGCUUGAACCAACCGCUGAACAGAAGAACACUGCAGACCAAUCAGAAGAGAGAAGAGAAGAGACUCUCCAUUAUGACUCGCCAUCUCGGAGAUCCUCCCCCCUCGCCUCCUCCUCCCCCCUCGCCUCCUCCUCCCCCCUCGCCUUCUCACAGAUGCGGCUCGUACAUGAGUUUGGUGGAAAACUCUGAGGUGGAAUGA